GGAGUCUAAUGGUUUUUGGUAGCUCCAAACGCUGCGUUUUGAGAACGCUUUAAUACCCACCUCAAAAUGAACCGGCCGCGAAUUUUAUCCUUGUGGAGUGGGUCUGGUCUUAUCUUCUUCUUCUUCUUCUUCUUCUCUGUUCUUUCCUCUCUAUGGCCUCACUGUUAGUCGGAGCACCACCAAUGGCCUCCAAAUCCCUCUCUCUCUCCUCCACACUUCCCUUCUCUCUAUCCAAAUCUCUCGUCUCCGUCUCACUCCCAACCCGUUCCAUCUCCCUCUCCUCCUCUCUCGCCUCUCCUGCGCCACGGCUACUAAUUACCUGUGGCAGAGGGGACAAGAAGACUGCCAGAGGGAAGCGAUUCAACCACUCCUUUGGAAACGCGAGACCUCGGAACAAGAAGAAGGGGAGAGGACCACAAAGGGUUCCAGCUCCUCCUGCGCCGCCUAGGAAGGACCCUUUCGACGAUGGCGAGAAGAUUGAAAUUGAACUCGAUGAGUCCCAGUUUGAAUGAGAAUUGAGUUUGUUUUUGCUUCCAUGUUCUGAUCUUGUGUUUGUUGUCCGAACAUUCAUCUUUAGUAAGUAAUUCUUAAUCGCACCACUUUCUCUUAAA